AUGAUGCCUGAGUCGUAUAUAAUAAGCUGCGUGCAGAAUCCGUAUCACAGUGUUCCACAACAGCAGCUGGGUCGGCAACAGGAACCAAAAAUGGCCAUCUUCUUCGAUUCUUGGGUGACUGAAAUGUUGGCUCUACUUUCAACAAUUAUCGCGAUACUGUACGUCACAUUUAAAAUCAAUUACACCUACUGGAAGAGGAAGGGUCUGUCAUACUUGGAGCCGUCUUUCCCAUUGGGAAACGGCUGGAACACAGCGCUAAUGAGGAAAUGUCCGGGUGAAGAUACGAAAGACGUUUAUUUUGAAACAGAAGGCAAGGACGUCGUGGGUAUUUACUCGUUAAACAACCCUCUUCUCGUUGUGCGGGAUCCAGAGCUGAUCAAAACGAUCAUAGUGAAGGAUUUCAACUACUUUCCCGACCGGGGCAUCUAUGUAGACGAGGAGACAGAUCACCUGACGGCGCACCUCUUCUUUCUCGGAGGAACCAAGUGGCGGUCUCUGCGCCAAAAGCUGACGCCCACGUUCACGUCGGGAAAAAUGCGCGCCAUGUUCGGCAUAGUGCGCGACUGUGCGCGGAUUCUGACUGACGUCACACCUGCUGGUAGCGUCGUGGAAGUCCGCGAGCUCAUUGUCCGCUACUCCACUGACGCCAUCGCUUUCUGCUGCGCCUUCGGCAUCGACGUUGACAGCCAGCACAACCCCGAGGCGGAGUUCCGUCAGUGGGGUGGGCGCAUAUUUAAGCCAUCUAUCCGUUCUUUCCUGACUCAGGCUCUGGGAUUCUCUAAUCCCAAACUGCGCAACCUGCUGCCAAUAGCCUUCACACCAAAGGACAUCACAGAGUACUUUACACGCGUCGUUGAUGACACAAUCAAACAUCGAGAGAAGACUGGCGUCAUUAGGAAGGACUUCAUGCAGUUGAUGAUUCAGCUGAAGAACAAUGGAUAUGUUGAUGACAGCUUCUUAAUAACUGGGCAGAAGAGUGCUGAACAAACCCUUCGUAUGUAUCCGCCCGUUCCAGUUUUGAAUCGCGAGGUGGUGCAGGACUACAAGCUGCCAGGAUAUGACUGUGUCUUGGAGGAAGGAACUAAGGUGCUCAUUCCAGUCGUGGGACUUCAUCAUGAUAGGAAAUUUUUUCGAAACCCCGAGAAAUUCGACCCGGAGCACUUCUCUGAGGAGCAGAAGGCAUCCAGGCAUCCCUACUGCUAUCUACCCUUUGGUGAAGGGCCACGCCUCUGCAUUGGGAUGCGUUUUGGACUGAUGCAGGUGAAGUUGGCGCUGGUUCAUCUAUUGUCAAAAUUUGACUUUCUGCCCGUUGGAGACAAGCAGUCGAAACUACGUAUGGCUUCAAACAACGUCGUGCUGACACCAAUUGGCGGAAUCGAGUUGAGGGUGGAGCAUCGACGAAUGUCUGGUCGCUGA